UUCCCAUGCAUGGUGAUGAACACAGUGACCCACCAUCUCCCAGGAGUCCAGGUGAUGGUCAUGGACAAGAUCACCAAAAACUGCAGAGAGAGGAAUCUGUCUGACAGCAAAAGAAGAACAUCUGGACUGAGGGCUCCACUAGUAUGUCUUUCAGCUGCUCUCCAGGUGAUUGGUGGAAGUGUGACAGCAGUUCAAGGAGGCACCGCUAUCUUACCGUGUUAUGUCAUUGAUACCAAUGAUGACCUGACACAGAUUUCCUGGCAGAGGAAGACAAGAGAAAAACCUCGCAAUGACAAUUUCCUAACUAUCUUACCCAGAGAGGGAGCGCAGUUUGUCAAUGGAGAUGAUGAUCGAUUUAAAUAUAUUGGGAAUUUUAAUGACAAAAAUGGAACUCUCCAGUUAUCCAAUGUUACCCUGAAGGAUGAAGGCAGCUACACGUGCAUCUUCACCUUGUUUCCCAGUGGAAAUCAGAAGACAGAGAUACCGCUAAACUUGCUUGUGCCUCCUUUCACAAACAUCAAGGACAACCUUCCCACUUUGGGCACAGAAGAGGUUUUAUUUGCUACCUGCACGGCUGCUGGAUCGAAGCCUCCUGCAGAGGUGAGGUGGCUCACUGGUGCUUUGGGAGACAAAGUGAAGACGACAACAAACUCCACACAGUAUGACAACGAUACAACUACCACAGUCAGCUCUCUGUUUGGUGUGCCUACGAGAGAGAUUAACGGUCACCAGGUCCAGUGUGUCAUCAGCGGUGACUCCCUGUCUAAAGAAGAAACCCUGCCCUUCACCAUACAGGUCUACUUUUCUCCCACAGAAGUGAACAUUAAGAAGAUUUCAGAGGACUCAUUUGAGUGUGUGACAGAAGCCAACCCGAAUGCAAAAUUUACCUGGAGCAGAUCUGGCCAGCCUUUGCCACAGCCUGGUGUCAAAGUCGACGGUGCAAAGCUACAACUGCUGAGUCUGACCUCUGAUCUAAAUGGCCUCUAUCGGUGUGAAGCAUCCAACACAUAUGGAAAAAAACACGGUCAGCUCUAUGUGCAUGUGGUAUCAGUAGGAGCAUCCGCUGCUGCUUGGGCCUUAUUUGGUGUUUUGCUUUCCUUGAAUGUUGUUGGGGCUGCAGUAUGGUACUUUUAUAAACUUCAAAGUGGUGGGCAGCCAUAAGCCAGAGGAGCGAAAUAUGAGCAACCAGAACACGGAGAACAUCAACAACAAGACUGAGCAAUCUGUCUGACAGCUGUGGAAGAAAAGGAUAAACAUUCGAACAGAAGGCUCCACCGACAGACCUGAAGAACAGGUGUAGGUACAGUUUGAGAUCUGUACUUGUGCUUCCGCCAACAGUUUAAACUGCUUUCAUCAGCAGUUAAAAGUGCUUGCAGCAGUAGUAAGUAUAUAGUCAUUGUAAUUUGAUAAUUGCUUGUUUCCACGUCUGCUUAUUAGAAGAAAGUCUGGGAGGCUAAGUUGAGCUCUUUACUGUGAUGUGUUGUGAUGUGUUGUGCACUGAUGCACAUACUAUGGUAAUAAAUGUAAGUAAAAAUAAUAAAAGUACACAUUUUGCUCCCUACAGUCCUUCCUUCUGGGUAACGAUGGAAGUUUUUAAGUUUAUAAUAUCCAGUUUAUCGAUAUUGAAGUUAAUUUCUCAUCUGUUGUUGCCCUAUGGAAUUAUAUUUAUGUCAUAACAUAUCCGCAAGCAAAAACAUAAUCCGAGCAAAUUAUUCAAUUUCUUUUUCACACUGCAGACCACAGAGAAACGCCACAGACUUAUCUGCUGUGUGUUGUCACUGCUCAAAUAGUUUUUGUACAGU